UUAUCAUUUAUGAUUGUCAAAGAAACCGAAAUUCUUUAUAAUAAACAAUUAUAAAUAAUUUAGAUUAUAUAUUUAGAAAUAAUAUAAGAAAAACUAGCAUUGAUACUGUUAUAAAUUGAAGAAGGUCAUUAGAAUUGUACAUACAUUAAUAAAAGGUUGGAGAGAUGAUCUUAUCUAGUUUGAACGUAGUGUGAAAUAAUAGAUUUCGUGGUACUUGAGAAUAUAAAAUGGCACCCAUCCAAGGAAAAUAUCAACAUUAUAAAAAUGAAAACAUUGAUGACUACUUUAUUGCUGUUGGUGUACCAUACAUUGGUAGAAAAAUGAUGGCAAUGUCUUCACCAUUAAUGGAAAUAACGUUUGAUGGAGAAAAUAUGUCAAUCAAGAAUUCAUCAUUAAUUAGAACAGUGGAACAUAAAUUUAAAAUUGGUGAGGAAUAUGAGGAACAUAUGCCAAACACUACUAUUAAGAGUGUCACAACUAUUGUAAAUGAUAAUGAAAUCAUGACAAAUUCGGUCAUACCAGAAAAUCAAGCCAAAUGUGGAAGACACUAUUUAUUUAGUGAUGAGGAAUGCAUUGUUACACUCACUCAUGAAAAGGCAAGUACACCGGGCAAGCGUUACUUCCGCAGAGUUAAGGAAUAAGCAUGUACAGUCCAUGUACAGCCCCAUAGACAAAGUUUAUUCAGCGAUAUCACUGAUCAAAUUCAAAAAUAUAUGGAACUGACAAAAAUUUUGAUAUGUUACUUGCUUGUCUCAUAUUUAUUCGUGUGCGUUUUGACACAUUUUAUUUCUACUAGGGUUACCUAAGAGAUCAUCGAAACUCGCUUUGUCUCAGGGGCAGAAGAAGCAUCACAAUUAUAUUGCAUUUGUUAUUAAUGUCUUCAGGAAAUGUAAUUUUGUGAUAAUUUUUUUACUAUUAUAUUCUCUUUUUAUGCUUCAAAUGUGAA